AUGGAGCCACCCAGCAGCGCCGGCCAGGCGGACGAGCUGCCCGCGGACGAGGCCCCGGAGGCGGACAGAUCCAUGUCGCGGUCCGACAGUGGGAGUGGGGACGACUCCUCGGACGGCCUCUCCGCCCCUGUCCCCCGCUGCCCUUUGACCCCGUCCUUUACGCCUCGGAAGCGGACCACGAGCCUCUCGAAGACGGAGCCUCCGCUGCUGAGGACGGACAAACGGACCAUCUACACCGCAGGCCGUCCCCCGUGGUACAACGUCACCGGGACCACCUUCAAAGAGGCUUUCGUUAUCGGUCUGUGCGGAGGAAGUGCUUCUGGUAAAACCACGGUGGCCAAUAAGAUCAUCGAGGCGCUGGACGUUCCCUGGGUGGUGCUGCUCUCCAUGGACUCCUUCUACAAGGUGUUGAAUAAAGAAGACGAGGAGCUGGCGGCCAAGAACGAGUAUAACUUCGACCACCCUGACGCGUUCGACUUCGAGCUGCUGGUCACCGUCCUCAGGAAGCUGAAGAAGGGCAAAAGCAUCAAAGUGCCGGUGUACGACUUCAACUCUCACUGCAGACGCAAAGAAUGGAAAACAGUGUACGGGGCCAAUGUGGUGAUCUUUGAGGGAAUCCUGGCCUUCGCCAACAAGGAGCUUCUGAAGCUUCUGGACAUGAAGGUGUUUGUUGACACGGACUCGGACAUCCGUCUGAUCCGGCGUCUGAAGAGGGACGUUUCACAGCGUGGACGCAACAUCAACGGGAUCAUCAAACAGUACAACAAGUUCGUGAAGCCGGCGUUCGAGCAGUACAUCGAACCCACGGUGCAGGUCGCCGACAUCGUGGUGCCCAGAGGAGGGGAGAAUUUCGUAGCGUUGGAUUUAAUUGUUCAACACGUUCACAGUCAACUGGAGAAGCGUGAGAGCACUGUGAGAUCGGCUCUGGCCUCGGCUCAUCAGGGUCAGCCGUUACCCAGCACCCUCAGUGUCAUGGAGAGCACGCCGCAGGUCCGAGGCAUGCACACCAUCAUCAGGAACAAGGAGACAAACCGAGACGAGUUUAUCUUCUACUCCAAGAGAUUAAUGAGGCUUCUGAUCGAACACGCCCUCUCCUUCCUUCCUCUCAAGCCAGUUUCUGUGGAGACGCCUCAGGGCGGCGUCUAUGAAGGCAAGAGGCUGGGCGGCCAACGAAUCACCGGUGUAUCGAUCCUCCGAGCAGGAGAGACCAUGGAGCAGGCUCUGAUGGCCGUGUGCAAAGACAUCCGACUGGGAAAGAUCCUCAUCCAGACCAACCAUGACACUGGAGAACCAGAGCUUCACUACCUCCGUCUGCCUAAAGACAUCACUGAGGACUACGUCAUCCUGAUGGACAGCACCGUGUCCACCGGAGCUGCUGCUCUCAUGGCGGUCCGAGUUCUGCUGGACCAUGAUGUAGCGGAGGAUAAGAUCUUCCUGUUGUCGCUGCUCAUGGCCGAGAUGGGCGUGCACUCGGUGGCCUACGCGUUUCCUAAAGUCCGCAUCAUCACGACGGCGGUGGACAAAGAGGUCAACGAGCAGUUCCACAUCAUCCCCGGCAUCGGAAACUUUGGAGAUCGUUACUUCGGCACGGACGCUCCCUCCGACUGGUGUGAAAGUGACGAGGGGAUGGACUUCUGAGCAGAGGACCAAUCAGAGACGUGGAGCGUUGUUACAAAAGCACUUGUCUGUUUAGAAAGAAAGAAAAAGACUCCUCUUCAUCCCCUUGCUGCUCCGAUCCCAUCAUCUUCAUCCUCCUGACCCGCGAGGUGACGCCGUCAGGUCUCAGUCCAUUCCCCCAUUCCUGUUAACAGUAACGUGUCGAGACGUCACAGUUCACAGCGCUGCCUCUCAUGUGGAUAUUUUCUGGCUUUGACAUCUCGACGGUCUGUGCGGCACAACCCACUCAGAAGAAACACUUGAUUAUGAUUUUGAAACUUGAGAAGCUGCGACUGUGAAGCUGCUGAGUCGACGUUGACACCUUUAGAGUUAACGUGAGUGUUUGGUUCCUCACAUCGAUCAAUCUGCUCCACGUUAAUUCAGUCAUAAUAACAUUUUGCACAAAGACACGACACCCUCCUUAUCUUCUAAGACUAGUCUUUAUCAUAAACAUAGAAAUAUUAGUUAUUACAAUAUUCUUAGUGUUAUUUUGAGCUGCUGUACUGUUCUGUAAAACUUGUUUUUUCUCAGGCAACUUUAUCUGAAAGGGACGACAAAGAUCCGUGAACUUGAACAAGAACAAUAGCUUUUAGAAGAACUGGUUUAUAACACGUGUUAAUGCAGCUAUGAGCAGAUGUAGGUUUGUUGUUAACUCCUCCAGAUGCAGUAACUAGUAAAACACAGGUGCCAUUAUAUAAAGUAUCACUGAUGGAGGAGUUAUGUACUGUAUUUCUGCUAGAGGGCAGCAAACUUCACUUUUCCCUGUUUACGUCAGAUGUGAAGCACAGAGCAGAUCUCGUGGUGCCUUCGUGUUUUGUAGGAAAUAACGUGAGAGCUAAUGAAUUAGACGUUGGAAUAAUAAUUAUAUUAUUUUAUUUUUCUCGUCUUUUUAAGGAGGAGAUAUAUAAAUCAGACUGAUUCAUACGCUUGCUGCUGCUUGUGGCCUUUUUCUUAUUUUAUUGUUUUGAAUUAUUUAUUUUGUUGUACAUCUUGACAUUUGUUUAAAAUGAAAUCACUGCCAUGUUUUCCAAAUUGCAGAGCCAAGAUUUUGUACAGGUUGUUGUUGUUGAUGUGUUUUUAAAGACAACUACUGUUGUGCUGAUACAUUCACUGUCCAGGUCAUAGAAUGUAAAGAACUUCUUCAAACUGUCCAGACAUGAGGGCAAAAUAUAAACUGAAUCCGAGCGCUGCCAUCUUGUGCCGAUUUAUCUCUCGACAAACUCAGAUGAACACACAACUUCCUGCACAGAGGUUCCUGUGGUUUGUUCCUCCAAAGCUCUGAGGAACGUCUCUGAGCGGAGGGAGAAAGAAACUCCAUAACUUGAAAGCAGAAUCAGCUGCUGUCCCUUUCAUUUGUACUGUGAGUUACAUGUUGAAACUCUUUUAAUCUGUGGAAGUUGAUUAUCUCACAACUGAACUUUCUACUCAAACUUGUUGCUAAGUUAUUUGUUUUUGAGAAGCAAACGGCAGCGUGAGGACUGAUGAACUUCUCUCACAGCGGAACAUCGCAAGAAGAUCGACGGACAAAUACGUUUUCAUACAAUUUGUUCUUAUGAUGUAUUAAACGUU